AUGAUAUCAUCGGAUGAAAAUGAUUUGAGACUCAUGAAUCAACAAGCUCCGUCAAUACCACACAUGAUAGUACUACAUGAAUGUGGAGAAUGGAAUGAAACUGAUUUUAUGUUAAAAACAUCGGAACCAAACACCAUGUUACUACUUGGUGAUUACCAAUUAUGUUCACAUGAAUCGUUGCCAAUUAAAAAUUUGAAUCAUUUUGGCCAAACUUUAGUAAUUGGAUGUAUUUCAAGAAAAGAGUUGCAAUUCUCACAUGAAGAAUCAUAUUUAACUUCAUUCAUUUGUGACCCUUCCAAUUCAUUCCUUAUCCACUUUAUAGAUCCUAAAAAAUAUGAGAAUAACAAGUUGAAUGGAUAUCUAUUUCUUACACAAUCUAAUAACAAUCAAUUAUUUGAAAUAUUAAUGCAUCAUUUUGACAGAUAUAUCGAAGAAUAUAUUCAAAGCAAUACAAAUUUAAAGUUAUGGACUAAUCAUGCCAAUUUUACAAAAUUAUUGAAACAUUUAUUACUCUCCUUAAUACUACUUGCAAAAUUUCAACAACAAGUGAAGGCCUCAAAAGAUUUUUCUUUGGUGAUGCGACAACAGGAACGAACUUGGCUCAAUCAAAUAUGUUUGGAAACACAAGAUUCGAUAUGGCAUGAUCUCUAUGAAAAGGUUCACAAUUUUCUCAAACAAGUGGAAAAUAAUCAUCAGGAGAGAAUUCAAAAAUUUAAUACAUUACUCAGUUCUCAAUCAUGCUCCAAAAAGGUAUUCAGAGCAUCUAAAUUAUAA